AUGGAUAACGAACAAUCUGUCAACGUUGUGAAUGAAAUAUUGUACGUGGAUAUCAUUCACUGGAACUUAACGACGGAGCGGAACUAUUCCAACUUGACGGACUCUUCGGAUGUUCGGAGUCACCUUCCGGUUGUGUCUGUCGAAUACGUGGCCCUCUUCGCGACGCUGUUCUUCGUGGUGGGUAUGAUUGGGGUGGCAGGGAACCUCAUGGUCAUAUACAUCGUGCUCGAGGAUAAAAAGAUGAGGAAGUCUGUCACGAACUUGCUUAUACUGAACCUGGCGCUGGCGGAUUCGCUCAUCAUGGUGUUCGGUAUACCGGAGAUCGUCCUGUUCAUGUUGAACCAGGGAUGGCUUCUCGGGCUGGUCAUGUGCAAGAUACAGAGGACCGUCCUCGUUGGAGCCCUAUACUCGUCCGUUCUCACACUGGUUACAGUUUGCAUUGAGCGAUACAUCGCCAUCGUGUUUCCUAUUAAGGCACACAUCGUCUGCACGAAGCGCCGCGUCAUCUUCGUCAUCAUGCUGGUAUGGACGUUGUCAUUGCUGUGCGCGUCGCCGACCGCGGUCUUCAACAUGGUCGUGCCGUCUGAGAUCGGAGUCCACUUCUGCCUGACGAACUUCCCCGGCAGCCACUUGACAUACAUGAAGCUCUUUAAAUACUCGGAGAGCAUCCUCUUCUACUUCGGCCCUCUGCUGGUGCAGCUGGUAUGCUACAUCGUCAUCGGCAAGCGUCUGUUCAUCGGCGUCGAGCGGCUCCACAGACAAGUGAUGAGUCCCUGCGACGGCCCCAAUCGCCGGAUCCGCACUUCAGAGGCAAUCAAAGCCAGGAGAGGGGUGGUCAAGAUGCUAAUUGCCAGCGUAAUCAUUUAUUUCCUCAGUUAUUCCCCGCAUCAAGUGCUGCUCUUCUACAACUCCUUCUCCGCGGUCCCCUUCCACCAGACUUGGGUGUUCCUGGUUCUGACAACGACUCUGGCGUACAUCAACUCGGCAGCUAAUCCCAUCCUGUACUGCGUGUUCAGUCAGAACUUCAGGAAGAAGUUUCACGUGAUGUUGUGUCGGGCUCAGACUUGUCACGGCGGCAGCGAGAGCGACAGGAUGGUGGGGAUGAACAAUUACACGGAGUACACCACGCUGUUCAGGCGGUCGACGAAGAAACCCGCCCUCAACAACUUCAAACACGAUUCGGCCAUCAGUGUUGUUUAGUUGACGUCAGGAGGGUGUGUGUGUGUGUAUGUGUGUGUGGUGUGGGUGUG